AUGAAUUAUAACCUUAUUAAAGGUGUGGAUGCUGGUUUUAUAAAAUUCUAUAAUGUGGGUAAUGAGUAUGUAGAUAAACUACUGAAGAAUGAAUAUUUAUCACUUGAUAGUAUAUUUGAGAGUAUCAAAGAGAAAGUGGAAGAAAUACAACAUAAAUAUAAUAUGGUAAAUGUUAUUAUUGAUGGCAUAUCACAUUUAUUAAAUAUGCAAUAUAAUGUAAGAGAUGUAAAUACAAUUUGUUCCAAUAUUAUUGAUUUAGUUAGAUGCUAUAAAAAUUCAUUACUUUUCCUUCACUGUAAUGUAGCUAAUGAGCUUGAUGUUACUCAUGUUGUAUCCAAUCUUUUAUGCCAUAAGGCACAUAUGGUUUUGGAAGUAGAAAAUCUCACAUCUGGCUGGAGCGCUGAUGUUUCAGGCCACUUGACAUUAAAAUAUCCAGGUCGUAAAUUUGAAGAUGAAUACAUGUUCUCCAUGGAUUUGAAACCAACUCGGUACCUUUUUAAGUUAUUUGAUCGCGGAGUUAAGUUGCUUGCACCUGGAACAGUUUAA